UAAGCUUAAAUCGUCUCAGAAGGACAAGGUCCGACAGUUUAUGGCCUUUACCCAGGCUGGGGAAAGGACUGCUAUCUACUGCUUGAUGCAGAAUGAAUGGAAACUAGAAGUGGCAACAGACAACUACUUCCAGAAUCCAGACUUGUACUACAAAGAAUCCAUGAAAAAUUCAGUAGACAGGAAGAAAUUAGAGCAGUUGUAUAAUCGAUACAAAGACCCCCAAGAUGAAAAUAAAAUUGGCAUCGAUGGGAUUCAACAGUUCUGUGAUGAUUUAAACCUGGACCCAGCCAGUAUCAGUGUUCUGGUUGUGGCUUGGAAGUUUAGGGCAGCUACUCAAUGUGAAUUCAGUAAAAAGGAAUUUGUUGAUGGCAUGACAGAGUUGGGGUGUGACACCACAGAAAAACUAAAAGCCUUAUUGCCAAGACUGGAACAAGAGCUAAAGGAUCCAACCAAGUUCAAAGAUUUUUAUCAGUUUACUUUUAACUUUGCUAAAAACCCUGGACAAAAAGGUCUAG